AUGAAUAGUAAAGUAGCAAAUAGAUAUAUCUGUUUUAAAUUAGGCAUAUCUCCUCGCUUUACUUGUGACAGCAAUUGUACUAAAUGAUAAUAAAUAAAUUAGGAAAAACUUUAAUGUUUAAGUUGUUUAGAUCAAUAUUAUCCAUUCAAUGAUGAAUGUCUUAUAUGCGAUUCUUAUUGUAUUACUUUCAAAGAUCAAUCAAAACUAUGUACUUCUUGUUACUAAAAUGAUUCCUGA